UGCUAAUACUAAUGCUAAUAUAAGCCCACCCCCAUAAUUAAUUAAACACUCCACCAUUUGCUUCUCUGUACUACUCUCCCUUAUUCUCUCUCUCUAUCUCUCUCUCAAUCAAACAAUGCCCUCAAUUUCUAUACUUGGUUUCAGUUAACCUACGCACCCCCGGCGCAUGAUAUGGAGGGGUCGUCCAUUGUAUCCAAAGCUAGGACCGCCUUUCAUUCUGCGGCGGCUAAGGCGGAGAGAGUCUUCACGGACAUUACAAAAUCUGAUUCCUCAACCGAUCGUGGAAAUGUCUAUAUUGAUUCAAUCGGAGAAGUUUCUGAUAACAAAUCCCCCAAGACCCCUAAUUCCGAUUCUCCGAAUACCUCCUGCGAGUCAAAGAGUCACCAUGAAGUUGAAUACUGUACGAGGAAACAGGUUCCAUUAAAGACAAAGCAAGAUUGGCAUGAGAGAUUGAAGAACAUUAGAAUAAGGAAAAAAGGUGUUGAAGAUUUUGAUAAAGCUGGAAAUCCAACCAUGUCAUUUGCAAUUUUUGAUGAAAACUUGUACCUUAUGAGCAUGACCAAUGUUUCUGAAUCAAAGGGUUCAGAAACAGGUUCCUUGCCAGAAUGUUUGAGCAACAGUAGUAUUAUUCCUCCAGCAUCUGUCAUGAAGCUAUUGGCUAUAGCUGUUGAUUUUUGUCUGGACUCCUUCAGGGCAGGAAAGAAGUUUAACUCAGUGAAAGAUCUUCUAGCAUCAUCCAGAGGUUCUUCGCCUGUGAGGGAGAGGGCCAUCUCUGCAGUGAAGUCAUUAGUGCUACGUGAAAAGGAAGAAAAUUUCUCAACUGAGUUUGGUGGUGAUGAGAAACUUCUUUCUCUGAUAAAUUUACUGCUUGAUGCAGAAGGACAAUUUCCUGGUAGGAAGAUUGGCACUGAUUCAGAUAUACCAACAAACAUGACAUCUUUGCCAAAGGAUAUCCAUGGUGCUCCUCCAGAAAGCUUUGUUGUUAGACUUUCUGAAGUCAUUGGAACCUUUAAAACCCUACGGAAAAUGGCAUUCUUUUGGUACAAGGUUGUUAGCGAACUGAGAAGACUUUGGUCUGAAGGGCAAUAUGUUCCUGGCAUCCCUCCUGACAAUAUUCCAGACUUAAAUUCAUGUCUUAUCUAUCAGAAAUUACAGGUUAUCAACUGUUGUAUUUCCAGAAAAAGGCGCCGCGACAUUGCCACAGAGUCAUUAGAAUCUGUAAUUAGGCAAGCUAGUUCAAACGUUGAAGAAUCAGCUGUUUCUGAAGGCACCGUUCCUGUGACCCCUGUUUUGUAUGCUAGAAUUAGCACGGGGGAACUUGUUCUCCGACUAGGAACUGAUAAACAAUCUGACAAUUUAACAAUGCUGGAAAAUGGGGAACCUGUUUAUACCCCUGAUAUGCAGGAAGGACCGUUGCUUACAGAAGAUCUUAUCAAAGAAACAGAGGAGCUUGUGUUACGAACAGGGAGUCUUGGUGCUGGGUGUUCACAACUCCUCUCGGAUAUGCAGGCUUUUAAGGCUGCAAAUCCAGGUUGUAUUUUGGAAGAUUUUGUAAGGUGGCAUUCCCCACCUGAUUGGACAGAAAUGGAGCCGAGUGGUGACGCUGAAGUCACAUCUAAUGAUGGUGAUUUAUUGUCUACCAAAGGUCAACUAAGUAGUCGAAUGCAGAAGGAAGGUAAUUUGUGGCGUGAAUUGUGGGAGACAGCAAAGCCAGUACCAGCUGUUAAACAAGCACCCCUCUUUGAUGAGGACUUGGCUGUGGAAGGGAUUCUGAAUGACUUGGAGGAUAUUCCACCUUCCGAGCUUUUUGAACAAUUGUUUGUUUCUCUUCUGGGUUGCGGAUUUGUAAUUGCUGAGGAGAAACUCUCCACAAACAAUAAUUUAUCGAAGCUGUUCUGUGAGUGCAAAGACUACAUUAUAACCACUUGUCAAGGCAGUGUCUGGACUGAGAAAAUUGAUGACAUAUGCCAGGUCUAUGAAACAGUGGAGAUGAUGAUACUCAAGCCAGAGGAAGCUGUAAAGAUGAUAAAGCAGCCUGAGGAAACCACCACCACUGCAGGUGAACCAAGACGCCGGUUCAAAAGGCUUAGCGUCAUCUUUGGCAGCAAAGAUAGGCACUCGGGUAAACCAGCAUUGAAAGACCAGAAGAAUGGUGAAGAUAACGCAACACGCCAAUCAUUCUCAUCCAUAUUUUCAAAGAAGCCUCCUAGGCCUGAUGCCCCAUCCUCGGCUGAAAAACCAGUUUGUUCUGUUGAAAAUGAUUGGACAGUCGUUUAAAUGUGCUCAAUUUCACUUGUAAAUGUAAAUUGUUUUAGAACAACAGCUCAGGGUUGACAUUUGUUUGA